AUGUGCUCCACCGGCCUACAGGAGAGGGCAUGGGGAGAAAAAGAAGGAAAGGCGGGGGAGGGAGCGUUAGGAGUGUCAGGACAGUUACAGCUGGAGCCCCUGAAUGCUACGGUGCUACAAGGUGAAGAUGUUCAAUUCAAUGCCAGUUUUAAGGGAGACUGGCAGGUCAUGAUCUGGACUGUCCAAGGAGUCCUGGUCCUCACCGUCAUUUCCACUGGUGAAAUAUACCCAUACGAUACGGCGCGGUUUUCUGCCCGAAACUACUCCAGUGGUGAUACGAGCUUUGUGGAGUUCACCAUCCAUAAUGUCAAUCGCAGCACCUCUGGAUCAGUUGUCUGCACUAUACAAGGGAGCAACCAACACAGGACAGCACAGCUGUCUGUGCAAGAGAGUGGCACGGUGGACAUCCUGAGCGGGAAUGUGACAGCAGUCCAGGACCAGGAGGUGGAGUUUCAGUGUGCGGCAACUGCGUGGUUCCCUAAGCCUACGGUCAGCUGGACCCGAAACGGGGAGGUUGUGAACAGCACCCUCUACAGCACUAACACCACAGAGGCUCGCGGCGGCUGGUUCAACACCACCAGCGUCCUGAGGUUCCAAGCUGUCAGCAACACCACAGUGGCAUGUCUGGUGAUGAUCCCAGCUUUACAAAAGCCACAGUCCAGCUCUGCCCACCUGGUGGUUGUCCCCAAACCCCCUGACUGGACUGUGCUGAUAGCUGUGGUGGUGUCCAUCGGAGGCUUUGCUCUGCUGGUGCUGCUCAUCCUUGGAAUCAUUUUCUGCUGCAAACGCAGGAAGGAAAAAGAAUCCAACUACCAAGACGAUUUAAGGAGAGUGAGGACACAGAGCCAGGUCAGUGGUGUAAGCCCUGUUGGACCGAGACAGGGUCAGAUUAACGUCGGAUAUGUGACGGAUGGUCAAACAAGUGUACCUGCCAGUGAAUUUAACGACAGUGGUUUCAGUCAAACACAACACUCAGAUCGUUUUGAGCUUCCCGAUGUUCUUAGCAGUAACCAGGCAACAAACAGCCACACCGGAGCCUACAACACCUUGGAUGGAUCUGGGUUUAGAAAACACAGACAUGUCACCAUCGUCUAG